CCUCCCUGCCGGCAGUGUGCGGCGGCGCAGCUUCCAGACCCUGGUGGCGAGUGGGGAUGGCUGCGGUAGGGGCGACUGCGGGCCGGCUGUUGAGACUCCGUGCGGCCAGGGCCGAGGGACGUUGGCGUCGGCUGCGUGGUGCGGGGCUGCUGCGGGGCCUUCUGCAGCCCGCCUCUGCCGGCGGUGAUGCGGCCCAGAGGAGGGGGCAGGUGGCUCACUUCACUUUCCAGCCCGACCCAGAGCCCCGGGAGUACGGGCAGACUCAGAAAAUGAAUCUUUUCCAGGCAGUAACAAGUGCCUUGGAUAACUCAUUGGCCAAAGAUCCUACUGCAGUAAUAUUUGGUGAAGAUGUUGCCUUUGGUGGAGUCUUUAGAUGUACCGUUGGCUUACGAGACAAAUAUGGAAAAGAUAGAGUUUUUAAUACCCCAUUGUGUGAACAAGGAAUUGUUGGAUUUGGGAUUGGAAUUGCAGUCACUGGUGCUACUGCCAUUGCAGAAAUUCAGUUUGCAGAUUAUAUUUUCCCCGCUUUUGAUCAGAUUGUUAAUGAAGCCGCCAAGUAUCGCUAUCGCUCUGGGGAUCUUUUUAACUGUGGAAGCCUCACCAUCCGGUCUCCUUGGGGCUGUGUUGGCCAUGGGGCUCUCUAUCAUUCUCAGAGUCCUGAAGCUUUUUUUGCCCACUGCCCAGGAAUCAAGGUGGUUGUACCCAGAAGCCCUUUCCAGGCCAAGGGACUUCUUUUGUCAUGCAUAGAGGAUAAAAAUCCUUGUAUAUUUUUUGAACCUAAAAUACUUUACAGGGCAGCAGUGGAACAGGUUCCUGUAGAACCGUACAACAUCCCUCUGUCCCAGGCCGAGGUCAUACAGGAAGGGAAUGAUGUUACUCUAGUUGCCUGGGGCACUCAGGUUCAUGUGAUCCGAGAAGUGGCUUCUAUGGCUCAGGAAAAGCUUGGAGUGUCUUGUGAAGUCAUUGAUCUAAGGACUAUACUACCUUGGGAUGUGGAUACAGUUUGCAAGUCUGUGGUCAAAACAGGGCGACUGCUUAUCAGUCACGAGGCUCCUUUGACUGGGGGCUUUGCGUCGGAGAUCAGCUCUACAGUUCAGGAAGAAUGUUUCCUGAACCUGGAGGCUCCUAUAUCAAGAGUCUGUGGGUAUGAUACACCGUUUCCGCACAUUUUUGAGCCAUUCUACAUCCCAGACAAAUGGAAGUGCUAUGACGCCCUUCGAAAAAUGAUCAACUAUUGACAACAAAGAAAAACUGGAAGAUUAUGACUAGAUACGGAAUAUUUUUUUGAAUGUUUUUAUAUUUCCUCAGACUUAACUCUUCUUGAAAAUAGUUUUUAUUAAAUCAACCAUGAUGGAUAUUGGCUGAAAAAUUAUGAAUUAGUUAUUGUAUUGAGUGUUUCAGAUUAAUUUUUUAAAUGAUCCAUAUGAUAGUCAUAUAAAUUUCAUUUAAUUACAUCUGUAAAUAUUGGAUGUGGUAUAGUAUUCAAUAAAGCAAAAUUAGAUUGUC